AACCCCCACCGUAGAUUGUGGGACAUAUACCAAGAACAUCGUCUACAAAGAGGUCCUAACAAAUUAGACCCAUGGUAAGAGUUGCAUGUUCAGCUAACAAACUAAUAGGAUGAUGUUUGUCUUAUGUUUGAUUGGUCUGGUGUAUUAUCAAGUCAUGUUUGCAUGCUACAAUUGUUUUUAUUAGAGACGCACAUGUUUGUGUAUUAUUAGAGCAUGCAUACUAUCUUAAAGUAUUGUUGAGUUUUGGAUCAUUUGUGAAAUUAGCAAUAAUAAUUUUUAUGCAUCUAACAAUUUGUUAUGAAUGUAGGUUUUUGUCCCGCGAGAAUGGAAUCUCUAUUUGUAGGCUUGUCUCAUAACAAGCCAAAAAAAUCGGUGGCAACCGCAAUAGUUCGAGAAGACUAUAUUUGCACGCAAGGUGAUCUUGCUCUCAUCGAUUUUAUCAAGGAAAUCCCUUGUGAACCAAGGGUAGAAGUCGUUCUUAUUGAUGAUGCCUUUGUUGAAAGGAAGUGGAUGGAGUGUUUAUUUCAGCCGAGCGCAUAUUUAGGUGAUGAGGUUAUAGACUGUUACAUAAAUUUGAUAAAAGCUCAAAAGCAUCUAAAGUGCCGAUCUGGAGGUCGCGUUCACAUAGAAAAUGCUUUCCAAUUCAAUUUCCUGAAGCGAGAUGGUGAUCUUGAAAUUAAAACAGAGGAGCUAUAUCCAAUUAAAGACAUGACACACAUAUGUAGCGCUGAACGAAGGGUGUUACUUUACCUAGACCAUGACAUGGUGUUUAUUCCGAUAAACAUCCGAGAGACGCAUUGGUAUCUUGCUGUGAUCCAUGCAAGAAAUAUGGAGAUACAAGUGCUCGAUUCACUUGGUACUUCACAAGACCGCAAAGACCUCACUGACUCUAUUAAAGGACUGCAAAGACAAAUAGAUAUGAUAUCUCAACGUAAGGAGUUAAAAGACCACAGGUGGCCAGACCUCCAAGUUGCUUCUUGGCCGCUCAGAGAAAUAGACAUGGGAUAUGCAAAGCAGACAGAUAGCUCUUCAUGUGGCCUCUUUCUUUUGAACUAUAUCGAAUACUGGACAGGGGAUGAACUGUCUGACAGUUUUACCCAGGAUGACAUGUCACACUUUAGGAAAAAAAUGGCUGCUAUAUUACUAUCUUCAGACCUGAAUAAGAGAAGAGGGUGUCUGUUAUACAAAAAUGAAAAAGAAGUUGACUCUGGAAGCCCAUCUGAUGUUGAGAUAUUAGAAAACCCAACAGAUUCUAAUAAGAGGAAACUACUCCACGUGCUUGAUGAUAGCGAAGUAGUGUUUGAAGAUGAGGAAGGCCCUAUUACUCAAGCAGACUUGCAAAGGUGGUUUGUUGAUGAUUGGGAUAAAAGAGCUCCUGUAAAAGUCUCUAACGAUUGUUGCACCAAUGACUUUUUAAUGGUUGGUCUUUCCACAAAGGACAUGCCAGUGACCAAAGCCGAUUCAAUAGAUGUUUUAUGUGAUUAUAUCAUGGCAAUAGAAGACGAUACGACACUAGAGAGAACAUGGGUGCGAAGUUUCAAUCCUUUUAAGAUAGAAAUAUCUGUCAAAGACCUGCAAAACAUAUUAACGACAACUCAAGAUAUGAUUCUAAGAUGUUUUGAUAUGGCUGUUCGGCUGCUUGCCAAUAAAGAGUCACGUAAACCGAAAGAAGAAAUCAUAAAUAAUAGAAAGCAUUAUAUGGACAUGCGUUUUUGGAGAAUGGUUGGUUUUGGUAAACUUCCAAAGUACCAUCAGGAUCCUACAACAGAAGAGUUGGCCAAAACACUAGAUUGUUGGCCAUCAAUGAAUUAUUAUAUCACGGGUUGUAGAUAUGUUCUCAUGCCAUGGAAAUUCAAUGGAUGUCACGACUGGUGUUCCAAUUGA